UUUUUCGGAAGCAGUAAGAGCAUGCACGGCCUCGGCUGGCUGGUCUCAGUCACAUCUUCAGCGUUGAGCACGAUGUCCAACCAUGAAGAGGCAGACUGUAUUGGGAUUCAUUCAUUUGUUGCAACAGGACGAGAAGGAAACCAACUGGUACCAUAGCUGAUAUCAACGGCUUCACUAAUGGCCGGUACAGUACAGUAGCUAGCUGUAGGUGGCGAUGAGAUACCGGCUACUUUGCUAGCGGUACCGGUACCGAUACCGUACCAUAUCGAAGCGAAAUCAACACGUGGCAAACCUUCAAAUCCAAGUGUAUCCCAACAAUUCCCUUCCAAUCAUCAUUUGUAGGUUGCCGUGAUCAUGGUCGACAAAGAUGAGGCCUCCGUUUCGAUCGAUUCCGACUUGUAUCUGGAUAUCAACAAUCAUCUAGACUUUGUCAUCAAAGUCGGCUUGAACGAGAGUGUCCACCCGCCUAGCUCCACUCUGUCGACCCCCGCCUUUCGACGCUUCCGUCUACGCCAACUACUUGACUCAAGUGGAAACAUCGCCCUCGUGCAGUUGGCAAAGCUCGUGGAACCUGUUGACUACGAGACGGCGGUAUUCUUCUACAGAGACAAUCAUGGCGACAAAAUAGUAGUAAAGUCUACAACUGAGUUGUUGGAUGCCAUUUCUCAGUUCCAAGACAGGAACAUUUUGGUCCUACAUUCAUUUGUGAAGCUUAGAAGACAUCAAAACUGCCUUACCAAAUCUGAGCUCUUCUUGAGCGGCUUGAAGAGCAAGCCCAAGCUUCUUGCCAUUUCCAGGGCAACAUGGGAGGGCAACAAGUCAGAUUUUUCAUUUCAGCACCUUGUCAAUGGGAGACCGGAGUGGUCCAAGUAUGUGGCCAUGCGUGGCAUCUAUCUCGACCUCUCCAAAGAAGUGGAGGAUGGACGUUUUCGACUUCUCUUGCCCCGCAAGAUCUACCAAGACUUUCGUACCAAGCUGAAAGAGACGUCACGAAAAGCGGACCUGGACAGCGACCUGACCAGCCAGAAGCUUCAGCUGGUAUACGGGUAUACAUCAAAGGAUUCCCCGCCUGUCUUGGUGUCACUUGCAGAUGAAUAUCUUCAGGGUAGUGCUGUGACAGCACACCGAGACCUUUUUGAAUUCGCACGAUCCAAGGAAAACUGUGACUUGUACCCCAUGGAUGCAUUGCUCACCAUGGCGGCACAAAGGCACGCUGAUGGGGCAGAGUCUUGUCAGUUGACAUUAUUAGAGGUUUGUAUACAACCUGCAGCGGCUGAAGUGGGGUUUACAAGCGGUGACCGCACCAGAGCGGAUGCAGAUUCACAGUUGCAUUUUCCCUUGGUUUGGGUUAUAUUGACGUCGGCCCUGUUGGUCUUGGUUAUGCAAGCUGCAAUGGACUACGUUAAAAAUUAGCAGAUGGGACAGCAGUGUGGUUAGGUCGCCAAUCGCUGACAAAGGUUGGUUCUCUGAUCAUCUCUUCGACCCUGGACCCAUCCAUGGACCAUCUCCAGGACCUAAAUAUAGACAAUCGCAGGGACCCUGUCUGAUCAUAAUAUCCUGAGCCUGUACAUUGAUCUUCUUCACGACCUCAACAUGGACUGACACAUGGAAUGAUUGAUUGAAUGAAUCGAAUCAUUCAAUCGCAUGGCUCUUCGCCGGGCUCGUUCAACCUUGGCCAACACCAGACAAACUCCUUUCAGGCGUGUUGUGUGCAUUCGAACGCAACGCUGGCUUAAAUCUCCACGCGAAACAACUGUGCGGUGAAACGCUCGCGUCUCGCGUCUUGCAUCAUCGCCUC